CCCCGCCCUAGAGGGGACCCGAAGCUGCCUAUCCAAAUCACUGCGUCUGGUCUCAGAGGCGGAGUCCCCACCCUCGUGAUAUUUUCGCCCGAGUUUGGGGAAGUAAGGGCCACAAGGAGCUUGUGACCCGGCUCCCCACAGUCAACGCAGAUUCCUUAAUUCCAGUCACAUGGCAGCGCUGAGUCGGCUGCUGCUGGCCGCUCUGCUGUGGGUCCCUGCUGGAACCCUGAGCUGCUAUGGGGACUCGGGACAGCCGGUGGACUGGUUCGUAAUCUACAAGCUACCAGCCCAGAACCAGCCCGGGGAUGCGGUGUGGAGGGGAACGCGGUACAAAUACAUGGACGGGAGCUCAGGGGGUUGGCGCGACGGCGCGGGGUCCAUCAACAGCUCCACAGGGGCCCUGGGCCGCAGCCUGCUGCCACUAUAUCGUAGCAACACUAGCCAGUUGGCCUUCGUACUCUACAAUGACCAGCCGCCUAUAUCCAGCAGGGUUCAGGACUCUUCCAGCCGUGGACAUACGAAGGGCGUCCUGCUCCUGGACCAAGAAGGGGGCUUUUGGCUGGUCCACAGUGUGCCACGCUUCCCUCCACCUGCCUCCUCUGGUGCAUACAGCUGGCCUCAUAAUGCCCAAGCCUACGGGCAGACCCUACUCUGUGUGUCUUUUCCCCUCACCCAGUUCUUAAGCAUUGGCAGGCAACUGACCUACACCUACCCUCUGGUCUAUGACCACAAGCUGGAUGGUGUCUUUGCCCAGAAAUUCCCCAUUCUGGAGGAAGUGGUCAAAGGCCACCAUAUUCUCCACGAACCCUGGAACAGCAGUGUAACCCUCACGACCCAGGCAGGGACUUCUUUCCAGAGCUUUGCCAAAUCUGGAAAAUUCGGAGAUGACUUAUAUUCAGGCUGGUUGGCAGCAGCCCUUGGCAGCAACCUUCAGGUCCAAUUCUGGCAAAACUCUAGAGGCAUCCUGCCCUCCAACUGCUCAGGGACCCAGCAGGUUCUGGAUGUGACCCAGACAAGCUUCCCGGGACCAAGUGGACCAAGCUUCAGUGCCACAGAGGACCACUCCAAAUGGUGUGUGGCCCCAGAAGGGCCCUGGGCCUGUGUGGGUGACAUGAAUAGGAACCUCCGAGAAGAAUAUCGGGGUGGGGGCACACUGUGUGCCCAGAUACCUGCCUUCUGGAAGGCCUUCCAGCCUCUGGUAAAAGCUUGGGAACCCUGUAGGGAAUAGAGCUGGGUCAGGAAAUCCUGCAGAACAAAGAACUAAGGCUGGGGAACCAGUUUGGACUUGAGUUUGAAUCCCAGUUUAGCCCCUACCUAAUUGUGUGGCCUAAAUUAUGUGCCUUAACUUGUGACUUCAUCUACAAAUCUGCAAAAUGGUAAUUGUAAUGCAUGCCACUCAGAAUUGUUGAAUAAAAGGAAAUCUUUGG